AUGCCUGCCCGGGUUUCUGCCCGUCCGACAACUGGGACGUCCCGCAAACUGUCAAGUCAGCCAUCCGGUUCUGGGCGCGCUGGAUCUGCUACGCCGUCUGUCGCCAUUCCAGAGGAGCCUGCAUUACCAGAAGCCGUUCCCAGCUUGCGCCACGAUGUCUGUUCCAUUUUCGCCGAUGCCCAGCGCUCGACAACCGGCCAUCGAAAGCUUAUUGUGCGACUCAGGAAGCUGCAGGAGUCAUGUUGUGGGAUAUCUUCGAAGAGCUCCAAGAGGGAUGGCAAAAAGGUUCAGGAAGUAGUUUCGAUUCCGAUAGAGGAGACGCUUCCUGAAAAAGAGUUUAACAUAGAGAUUGGUCGCUGCAUGCUGCGCAUCUUGCCAAUCAAAAAAUCCGAGCCAGUCGGUGAUCGCAUCUUACGUUUCCUCGGUAACUUCUUGAUCCAUGCCUCGGAGAAGGAUGCAGAGAUUUUCGCCGUCGAGGAUGACGAGCACGUCCCCGAAACCCCUACUGCCCGGUUGACGACCAGCCUGGUGGCACUGGUUGUGCCCCUUUUAUCAGCUAAGGACCGCACCGUACGGUUCCGUGCCACGCAAAUCAUUGCGCAUAUUGUCAAUUCUCUCGAUACGGUCGACGAUGACCUGUAUCAUGCUAUCCGACAAGGUCUUCUGAGGCGUAUCAGAGAUAAAGAGUCCUCGGUAAGGGUCCAGGCAGUGAUGGGCUUGGGUCGCUUGGCGGGAAACGAAGAGGAUGACGAUGACAACGACGAUAGUACAGCCCUUGUAGAGAAGCUCGUGGAGAUCAUGCAAAAUGAUACCAGUGCUGACGUGCGGAAAACAUUGCUUCUCAAUCUACCUCUUCUACCCUCAACCCUCCCCUACCUCCUGGAACGCGCUCGCGAUCUUGAUGCACCCACGCGCCGGGCCUUGUACUCCCGCCUUCUACCCACUUUGGGCGAUUUUAGGCACUUGUCCCUAUCCAUGAGAGAGAAACUGCUCCGAUGGGGCUUACGUGACCGUGACGAGAGUGUUCGAAAGGCUACCGGGAAAUUAUUCUACGACCGCUGGAUUGAAGACGUCGCGGGCGCGAAUGAAGAUUCUGGAGGAGGAAACACUGGCCAACGUUCACCACCCAACAUUCCGGCGCUUUUGGAGUUGCUGGAAAGAAUCGAUGUGGUCAACUCGGGGAUAGAAUCGGGAAUUGCGCAUGAAGCGAUGCGAAGCUUUUGGGAAGGUCGUCCUGAUUACCGAGAAGCUGUCGUCUUUGAUGAACCGUUCUGGGAGACUUUAACAGCCGAAUCGGUGUUCUUAUUGCGUUCCUUCAAUGAUUUCUGCCGAGUGGAGAAUGAAGGAAAGUACGAUAGUCUCGCCGACGAGAAGAUCCCUGAAGUGACAGCCCUUGCCUUCUAUCUACACAAAUACAUGUCGGCUCUUCUACAACGCAAAAAGGAGGCUAAGGACACAGGAGAUGCGAAUGACGACGACAGCGUUGAACUCGAGUUUGUGGUCGAGCAACUUCUUCAUGUGGUCAUGACCCUUGAUUACAGUGACGAGGUGGGACGUCGAAAGAUGUUUUCUCUCUUGCGUGAGUCUCUUGCGGUACCCGAACUGCCUCAAGAAUGCACGAAACUCACCAUCGAGACCCUGCGAUUCGUGUGCGGACCGGCUGCUGCGGCUGAAAGCGAAUUCUGCAGCGUUGUUUUGGAGGCUAUUGCUGAAGUGCAUGACACCAUCACCACUGAAGACAGCUUCGUUUCGGCCAGGUCCGAAAUCAGUGACGACACGUCUAGCCGUCACCGUUCCGAAACCCCGGGCGAUGAGGAGGAUGAGAAGCCGUUUAACAAAGAGGAGGCCAAGGCGAAAAUCCUCCGAGAGAUCGUGGUGAACAUGAAAUGUCUGCACAUUGCUCUAUGCAUGCUACAGAAUGUAGAGGGCAGUCUGCAGGACAAUAUGAAUCUGGUCACUAUGCUCAACAAUCUAGUAGUUCCUGCGGUCCGAAGCCAUGAGGCUCCAAUUAGAGAGAGAGGACUAGAAUGCUUAGGACUCUGUUGUUUGCUUGAUAAGACAUUGGCCGAAGAAAACAUGACGCUCUUCAUCCAUUGCUUUAGUAAAGGCCACGAGGCCCUGCAGGUGACAGGUCUGCACAUCUUGUGUGAUAUGUUGACAGCACACCCGUCCUUGCUCACGCCCGUCACCCAACCUGAUGGCGAGACUGUAUCACCACCAGCAUUCCAGAAACCCCUGCUCAAGGUUUUCGCCAGGGCUCUCAAGGCUAGCUCACCCGGCAGUGUACAGUCGGCUGCCGCUACAGCACUCUCAAAACUGUUACUCACAAAUGUUUUCACACCUUCCGGAUCGAAUAUCCCGCCUGCUAUCCAAGAGUACAACCAGACAUCUAUCGAAACCCUCCUGCAGUCGCUCGUGCUUUCCUUCUUCCACCCCCGCACUCGCGAGAAUCCCGCUCUCAGGCAGUCUUUGGCCUAUUUCUUCCCUGUCUAUUGCCAUUCUCGGGUUGAAAACACGCAGCAUAUGCGAAGGAUCGCUGUUCCAAUCAUUCGUACCGUCCUCAACUCGGCGGAAGAGUACUAUUCGCUCGAAGCAGAAGAGGAUAGUGACGGGGAUAUCGACGAGACUAUUGGCCAAAGGGAACUGAAAACUUUGAUGACCGGUGUCUUAGGUAUGGUGGCAGAGUGGACCGACGAACGGAGAGUCGUGGGCCUGGGUGGUGAAAAAAUGCUUGGAGGUGGCCCUGCAGGUUCUAAUGCAUGCGGGUUCGUUCACCUGGCGCUGGUGAAGGAUAUACUGGAACGGGUUCUCGGGAUCAGUACCGGCAGCAACCGUUGCUCUAAAGAUGAAAAGAAACUUCUCUUCUCUUUACUCAGCAAGCUCUAUAUCUCCCCGCCCACGGCCCCUUCACGGUCUGGGUCUCGCAACCCAGAAGGCGACGAUCAAUUCCGCUCGAGUAUCCGGAGUUCCCAAGGCGAUAUCUCUCCAGAAAAUGCGACGCUGGCACAGGAGGUGAAGGAGCUUUUAGACGAGACGAUCGAGGAUGGCAUUGCGACCGAGGCAUCGGGCCGGAACGCUCUCGUCAAGGUGAAGAACGCAGUGCUGAAGAUCUUGAACAUUUCCCAGGGCUCUCGCCAGGCCAGUGCUCGGCCAAAGGAGGAGAUGGAUGAAGGACCGAGUGAUAUGAUGAGCGUCCGUUCAUUCAGUGUACGGUCUGGCAGUGUCCGCCCGUCCAUUGAGCCUGGUGCCCACCGACGGGGCGUGUCGAUCGAACCUAGCAUUAUGGAGGAAGAUGAGAAUGAAGACAGCCGGACCACUAUUGUCAAGUCGGAAGCUCAUGACGAAGAAUAG